AUGGCAUCAGCAAGGCGGUUCUUGACUCUAGCUGUGGUUUUGGCCGGCGCUCGAUACAACGCUGCUUUCCCCAGACACAUGAGCUAUUUCAUCGGAGCCGUGGAGCACAUCGAGGCCCGCAAUCCGAACCUGAAGCCCCUGGACGUCGUGAAGGGGCUGCGUGAGAUCUCGGGGCUCGACGACAUGUUUACGCAGCACUACUUGGGCCGGAUCAGCGACAGGCGCAGCGGAGCGGCCCUGCUGCUCGAUUCUGAGGUUUCCCAGUUUUUGGGCGACGUGAUUCAGCACAGGGUGACAGACAGAGGCGAGGAGGAAGGGGUUGUCCUUGCCCAUGACGGCACUACUGUCGCCCUGGCGCCCCUGCUGCUCGGCCUCGAGGCAGGGCUGUUGGGAAAGUCUGGUGCGCGGUCUUCUGGCCUGCAUGCUCUUACCCUCACCCAGAUGCUGGGCCGGGCUUUCCUGGGUCUCCGUGGCCCAGCGCUUACCCGAGGGCUUGGCACCAAAGGCUGUUGGAACAACCUGGUCUCGCCGAAGGUUUUCACUCUGUCCAGGACACCUUCUUUCAUGACCGACGCUCUGAUAAAUGGCGGUAUGGAUGGCACCAUCCUCGGGAACGAGCUCUCGGGCACUACCGAGCACCCUCUCAAGCUGAGCAGUCUGCUGACAGGGUAUUACCGUUACCAUGCGGGGCCUGAAGGGCUAAAUACUGCAGCCCCUCUCAUCAGUGUUCUGCGCCGAGACAACUUUAAAGCCCUGGUGAGUCCUUCAGUGCUGCAGGAGCAGGUGUUGGACUCCCUGCGUGUGUACUGGACACUGAGGGGAGACGUACCAGUGGAGGAUCCUGCCCCUGUAGUGAAACAGGGUGUAGAGAUAUUCAUGCAAACACACACAGCCUGUCCAACCAUAAUUAGUCGCUGUGAGUGGGGGGCUGCGCCUUACCGUGGCACACCCACCCAGCUGACACUGCCGCUCUCCUAUAUGUACAUCCACCACACGUACGAGCCCGGCGAGCCGUGCGUGUCCUUCGAACAGUGCGCUGCCGCCAUGAGAUCAAUGCAGCGCUACCACCAGGAGAGCAACGGCUGGGAUGACAUCGGAUACAGCUUUGUUGCAGGCUCCGAUGGCUACAUCUAUGAGGGUCGAGGCUGGUACUGGCAGGGCGCCCAUACUGGAGGGUACAACUCCAAGGGCUACGGGGUUGCUAUUAUUGGUGACUUCACUGUCCGCUUGCCGUCGCAGCAUACGCUAAACCUCGUGAAGGACGAGCUGCCUGCCUGUGCCGUGAGCGGGGGCCGGCUGGUACCUACCUACAUUGUACACGGCCAUAGGCAAAUGGUAGCCACCGAGUGCCCUGGCAACGCCCUUUACGAGGAAAUAGGGACCUGGCCACACUUCUGUGAACGUUGA